UUCAGAGAUCGUCGUAGCAAUACGACAAAUUAAAUAUCUUUAAUAGUAAUAAAUAACGACCAAUUUAAUACAAGUGUUGAUAAGUUGUUAUUUCUAAUUGAAGUCCGAUUAAAAUUAUUAUUCAAUGUGCAGUGUGUGAUUUGUGAUUUAAAAUUUAAAAGGAACUUUGGAUUAUAAAUUAAAUAAUGUCUACUACUAACGGAAAUCACAAAGAAUGGCGUCGGCCAGCCUCGGUUCCGUACCCGAGCAUCUGGCGUCGGUUCGAACGCCCGGACAAAAAUGAACCUGGACGAAUCCGGAAAUUCCGGGUACAAGACGCCAGUGACAAAAACUUACAAGAUGCCAUCGUAAAACACAUGUCCGAGAUAUUUUUAGAAGACGAACCGACUUGUCACUCACUCAAUUUAGUAAAUGAUGCCGUAUCCCUGGCCGAAGCCCAAGAGAUCUGGCACCAUCUGUUCUCAUUCAAUUGCGUUCUGGUGUGUUUGGAAGAGAACCAGGACGGAACUUUGGUGAUGACACCAGGAACCAACACACCUUACAUCGUUGGAUGCAAUUUGACCUACGUUUGCAGUAAGGGCGAAAAAAAUCCCAAGGUAAAAGGCGAAGCUUUGUCGAUAAUAUGCGAAGCAAUGGACUAUGUGGCUUCCUUCACCGACAGUUUCGCCCACUACGGAGUAGACGAGUACCUCUACGCCUUCGGUUUAAGCGUGGACCCGCGUUAUAGAGGAAUGGGCAUCGGGAUGGAAAUUCUUAAAGCCAGAAACGAUUUAGGAUUGAAGGUUGGUUUAAAAGCUACAGUAACAACCUUUACUGCAAUAGCUUCCCAGAAACUAGCCGAAAGAUGUGGAUACGAAGUUUUAGUCGAAAAGACAUAUGAAGAAAUCGAGAAACACAACCCCAGAUUCAAAUUCCCGGGAAUACAGACUAAAUCGAUGAAAAUAAUGGGCAGGAAACUGGAUGUACAUUUACCAUAAUAGAAAUACAUGUAUAGUCUA